UUUUUUAGCAUCGACCUGCCCUGUCACCACAAAUUUCUUUUCUCACACAAUUUUCUGAUGCAAUAAUUUUAUUCCGUGUUAAUUAUUCAAAAAACUAAUUUACACAAUCAUUUAUUGAUCAGAAAUAAAAAAUAAAUUGCAAUAUGGAUAUCGACGAUGCGAAUUUCGAUAUCACUUUGUUGAAGAAGAAGAAAAAGAAGAAGGGUUUCGAUUUGGAUGCAGCUCUAGGUAUUGAAGAUACUAACAAAAAAACCACGGAGGGUGCUGUCGAAGAGGAAGCCGAAGAAGCGUUGCCAAAUGACGCCGAAGAUUUGUUAGACUUGGAUACUUUUGGCAAAAAAAAGAAAAAGAAGAAGAAGCCCUUCAAUUUGGAAGAACUCGAUGUGGCCCUGCCCGAAACAGAAACGCAAGAAACUGUCGAUCUGGAUAUGGACUUCUCAAAGACCACAAAGAAGAAGAAAAAGAAGAAGGUUGAGCUUGACGAAUUGGUUGCUGAAAAUAAGAAUGAAGAAAAGGGCGAUGACAAAGAAAAUGGCCUUACCGAUGCGGAUUUGAGCUUCAGUGAAUCUGUCGAUGAAAAUAGCUCAUCGUGGGCUGGAUCCGAUCGUGAUUAUACAUACGAUGAAUUGCUGAAAAGGGUUUUCGAAAUUAUUUUGGACAAAAAUCCGGAUAUGGCGGCUGGACGUAAGCCCAAAUUUGUUAUGAGACCACCACAAGUUCUUCGUGUCGGCACAAAGAAAACUUCAUUUGCAAACUUUUUGGACAUCAGCAAGACCCUGCACAGACAACCGAAGCAUUUACUUGACUUUUUACUAGCGGAAUUGGGUACCAGUGGUUCAUUGGAUGGUAACAAUCAAUUGAUCAUCAAGGGUCGUUUCCAACCUAAACAAAUCGAAAACGUACUCCGUCGAUAUAUCAAAGAAUAUGUUACGUGCCACACAUGUCGUUCAGCCGAAACAAUCCUCCAAAAGGAUACACGUUUAUUCUUUCUUCAAUGCGAAUCUUGUGGAUCAAGGUGUUCGGUGGCUAGCAUCAAAUCUGGUUUCCAGGCUGUAACUGGAAAACGUGCUGCUAUCAGAGCGAAAACCACUUAAACAAUAAACUCCUUCAUCGUCAUUUUUUUAACCGUGCGUUGGAAGAGAUGAAGCAAUUGUUUCAAUUGACAGAUAACUACAACUACAUUAUACAUAUAUAUAUACUUUAAACAAAAUGUAUGUAAAUUUUGAAACGAAAUUUACAAAUUUUAGAAAAGAAAUGAAAUGCAACUUAUAUAUAUAUAUAAAUGAACAAAACAA